AUUGAAACUGGGAGUAGCGCUCUCCCUACCCCAAGAUUUAUUUCUAGCCUGUAAACAACUGGAACUACCUUUUGCUCUAACUUCUGUAGAUAUAUUAAGCUCCUUGGCAAGUUUAGAUUUAAAGUCAUUUUAAUUACCAACAUGUUUCUUUUAAUUGAAACUGGGAGUAGCGCUCUCCCUAGCCCAAAAACAAGAGGUCCAUUGGGUCGUCUCUAGCUUUGGGGAUGACACACAUUCAUAUUGCUUUUGAUGAGCUUCUACAGUGUUACAAGAUUUAUUCCCAUCCAGUUUUGCAUUGAUGUUUCUUGACAUGUUGAUUAUGGGAGAGUGUGACCACUGCUGAUGCCUUCUCCAGCAAAUUCUAAAGAUUCUCAAAGGUCUGAAUUUUGUGAUCUUUUUUGCUCCGUGAUCUACUGCGUCACCAUGAGCCCAAUAAAUUAUCUGAUCACAUGACCUUCUGCCUCCAGAGCCCAGUAUGUACAUUGCGUUUCCUUCAUGUUUUUCUUUGAUGGGAUUUAACAAGCGUUUCAGAGGCCGCCAAUUACGAUCGUUGAGUGUUUUUUCUGACCACAUUUCUUCCUUAAAGACAAUGGUUCCCCAUUUCCCAUUCCAGUUUUUAAUAAUGUGUUGGUUAGUUCUCAACCUCAUUAAAUUAGUUUAUGUUUCUUCUUUGAUAUUUUCUCUACAAACAUCUUUCAUACGUUCACAGGAUUUGGUUUUCAGCAUGGAUGCUGAGAUGAUCCAGUGGACCGCUUGUUUUUGGGCUAGGGAGUGUACUACUCCCAGUUUCACUUACAUGGUAAUUAAAAUGACUUUAAAUCUAGACCUGCCAAGGAUAUGAAUACUUUUGGAACUUAAAUACAAUAAAUAAGAAGCCACUAACUACAUCAGCUGGAGUAUAGUAACUUGUUGCUAGCUGAAAGACAAUCUCCCAUGCAGUGAGUCUUGUGCCUGUGUGCUUUGUUAAUUCAAGGUGGCAACUUUUUGUUUGGGCCAGGUAGUGAGUUAAUGUUUUAGAGUGGCCCAGUUUGAAUCUGGAAGAGAAUCUGUAGAGGGAUCUAAAGAUCAGGGUGAUGGCAAGGAGGCCUUCCAACCCCAAAGGACCUAUUGGAGCUCACCAAAGUUAAAUGGUGAGAAAACCACUGGGCACCUGCAGAAAGCUGCUCAGCAAUUAUAAAGAAGGGUUUAAUUAAAAAUAAUUUUAAAUCUUAAUCUGCUGUUGGUGUAUAUCAUUUGGUUAGUUUAGUGUUUUUCAAUGUUCCUCACUCUGCUGACUUAAUUUAUUUAAUUUCCCUUUGGGAUUAAUAAAGUACUUUAGAGUUUGAAUUGAAUUUGAUUGUCGGUCAGUGUUCAUUAAUGCUGCUGUAAAGUAUGUUUUUUCCUUGCAGGAUUUAGAAAUACUGUUUUUUUAAGUGAAACUGUAUUUUAUAAAAUAAAACAGCAAAAUGAGUUUGAAAACUAUUUAAUACCAACAAAUGGCAGAAAGAAGUUGAGCAACCAAUUAGAUGAUGAUUUCUGUAGAAGUACAAGUGGCUGAAUUCAAAUCUUUGUCUUAAUUUCUGUUAAAAAUCAAAAUUUUUUGAUUGUAUUUAAACGUUUACAUCAUAUGGGAGGAGAGAUUCAUUGUAAGGUAGUACUACUGUAAAUGGAAGCAAACUUCUUGAAAUUCUAAUUUUAGCAAUUAGCGCUGUUAGCACGGUUAGCUUUGGUGUCUGUAGACGGUGUGUAUUUGAGCUUUUCCAAUAAGUUAGAAACUUUUUCUCUUUCAGUGUCGAUGACGGAUAGUGAUUGAAAAUUCAAAAACUAUAAAGCUGAUCAAUCAAGGACCCUGCAGUCUGCAAACUUAACACAUCUUUUUCUUUAUUGCCACUUUUUGAAGUGGCUGCCUACAAAAACAUCAGAUGUAAAUCUACAGUAAAUAUAGUUCCCUGUUGUACUUUUUUAUGAUUUCCUGAGUUCAUUUUUAACCAUUCUACAAAAAUUUAAAAACCGAAUCAUUUUGAGUCUUUGUUGAUGAGUAAUUCUACAGUCAACAUAUGCUGCUGCUAUCACUCAAACUUCAGAACCACAAAGCUGAAAACUUCUUAUUUUAGAUCAAUCAACAUGUGGAUUGUUAGGAUGUCUGCUACAAAAAUGUUCAAGAAUGUUCCGUAAUAAAGAACUGAAAAUAACCUUUGCCUUUAACAACUUGUCUCCUGCUUGAUUUGUUGUCUGCGAUUCCUUUGGUGUACUAAAUUAUUAACAUCCACAUGUCUAACAGCACCUCCUUGUUCCGUCUCUCCGUCUUGCCAGCCUCCAUGGCAGCUCAUUCUGAUUCCCUGGCCUCUCACUCCAGCUCUGUCCAAAUGAUGGAUUCUGGCAUGCUGGGUCCUUUCCCAGGCUUCUCUCAGCCAGGAGGGAUUGGAAUGAAUGUGGAGGUGGGAGCCGCACCUCUGCAACCACAGAAGCCCCCGAGUAUAUCAGAGUCGCAGUAUCCUACUCCCCAAACUGGGUCAGAAGUCCCAAAAGAUCACAGCGCCAUGCUGCCAGAACCCCCGGCCCCUGGAAGCCCCCUGGAUGUUUCAGCAGGUUCCUUAGACGUCUCUUGGCAAGACCAGAUUGGCUCCCCAUCAACAGAUCCACCUUUUGCUCCCAGCGUUUCUGUGAAGUUUUCCGACCAAGUUGAUCAGCUUACAGCCAGCCCAGAAGAUACACCCGAAAGCUGGCCCAGCCGUGAGAGCACCGCCUACGCUGGCGGCGAUGAAAGGGACACGGACGGAUCUGACAGAAAACAGAAGAAGAAGAAGAAAAGGCGACAGAAAGAUGAGGGAUCCUACGAACACGUCGAGAGCAGGGGUCAGCCGGAGAUGCAGGAAGCGGGAGAAAACACUCCUCCAACUGAGGAGUUUUAUCACCGGAUUGGCCCAAGAAGGGACAGAGGAGAAUGCGGCUGGGAAGAGCAACUUGGGAAGAGCGGAGGCCGUGGCAAGAAGAGUAAAAACAGGAAGAAGCUUCCAGAGGAAUGGGCAGUGACAGCAGAGUCAUUCGUUCCCUCUUCAGUGACUGCCUCAGAAAUAAAAGUGGAAGCAUUGGUGGAUCUUGGGAGUUCAGUGAAUGAAACAAUGGAGAGCUCUUUUGCAGACAUGGACACUAGCCAACACACCUGGAAGAAAGAGUUUUACCCAGAGAAAGACCCUUCGACUUUGCCUCAGGAUUUGUUCUCUCCAACAGCUGCAGCCAUCAGUCCUCUAGCCCUCAACAGUGAGCUGAAUGCUACAGCAACUCCAUUCACCAUGCCGUCUUCCACCAACAAAACAAUCCCCGGCUCCUUCCCUGAGGCGGUGGAUGUCCUGAUGGACACUGAAAAUGCCGGUUUGGGUCAAAGCAAUCAAAACAUUUAUCCUCCUUUCUCUUCAGAGAACACAGGAGCUGUAGCUGAUUUAGACAGCGGGAUGUUUGACAUCUCAAGUUCCUUUCAAGAGUCUUCCAUGCAAGCUGUUUCAGAUGGAGACACCUCAGCUUUCAGCUCUGCUUCACAGACAAGCCAGGCUGUUUCACCUAAAAGUGACGUGUUGGCUUCAGCCCCACCUCUAUCACCCUCUGAUGGUUCAUGGAUGCUAAACAACUCCCAACUGAGCAGCAACAGUGAUUUAUUUGACUUCAGCGACACGAGCACCGUAGGCCAUCCUUUACCCCUGGGCCUGUCCUUCAACACACCAAGUCCAGCACCUCUCCGCUCACCCAAAACCACUGCCCAAGAAUUCCAGUCUAAGCACAAAGACGGGAAAUCUGGCCAGAAGCAAUCCAGAAAAUCACCUCCUUCCUCUUCGACCUCAUCUGUCAGGAGUCCCACCUCCCCAGAGGCAAAGCUCUCCCCACAGGCAUCCCCUGUCACUUCACCCUCAUCUCCUCCUUCAGUGGGUCCCACUGGAGUUCCAGGAUCCGGCCUCAAUCCUGCUGCAAAGCCUUUCUUUCCCAGCUUUGCUGAUCCAGUGGAAGAUACAGCUGUGGUCCCUCCAGUUGUCCCCAUCGUGGAAGUUAAAUCUGACAAGACAGAGAAGGACAAACAGGAGGAUGGUGUGCAGAAGGUGGAGGCUUUUGAUGUGCUGAACAAAGCUGAGCACGGGAGCGUGAAGGUUGAAUUCACCACUAAUGAAAGUUUGGUCAAAGUGGCGAAUGAGGUAGAAAAGGGCAAGGAGAAAACAAACGAUCAGGAGACGGAAAAUGUCAAAGAGGAAAAACAAGCAGACAAAACAAAGGAGAUGGAGAAGCAGGCAGAAAGAGUGGAUGAUCAAAAGGAAACACAGAAGCUAAAAGACAAGGAAAUGGAGAAACUGCAAACUGUCCAACUGAAGGAAGAGAAGGAGGAGAAAAAGCCCAAGAUGGAAGAAUCACCUGUCAAAGUGGAAAAGACUGAAAAGGUGGAGAUGAUCGACAAGAUGGAGGACAAGGACGAUAAUGUAGAGAUGAUCACCAACAACGAGAAACUGAAAAAGGAAGAGAAAGUGGAGAACAAACACAGUGAGAAAGCUGAAAAGGUGGACGAAAACGAGAAGUCCAAAGAGGAGGAGAAGAAAGUGGAAGACAAGUCCAACGAGAAAGUGGAAGACAAGUCCAACGAGAAAGUGGAAGACAAGUCCAACGAGAAAGUGGAAGACAAGUCCAACGAGAAAGUGGAAGACAAGCCCAACGAGAAAGUGGAAGACAAGCCCAACGAGAAAGUGGUAGAUGCAGAGAAGGUGGACAAGGACCAGGAUACCAAGGUGGAAGAAAAAGCAGAAAACAAAACAAAUGAGAUGGCAGAAAAAUCGGAGAUAAAGGAUGACAAAGGCCAGCACAAAGUGGAAACGACUUCAGAGCAGCAGCUUCACCCCACUGACGAUAAGACAGAGACGAAGGCCGAUGUGGAGCUGAAAACCAAGGAAGCAGCAGAGAAAGAAAAGACCGACACCGGGGAAGCCAAGACGGUGGAGAAAAAGGACAAUGCAGCCAAGCCUCUGGAGAAGCCUGCUGAAAAAGAAGCAUCGAAGACAGAAAAGGAGGAGAAGGUGGAUAAAAAGACAGUAGAGAAGAGAGACGGUAAGAAGGAAAAGGCUGUCAAAGCAGAUGGAGACAAGGCAAAGAAACCUGUGAAGACUGCGACCAACGGAAGCAGCACAACAGCAAGCAAGGACCUGUCAGCUGGAGACAGGAAGACCAAGCCCGCCACAGGGGUGACCAAACUGGUCGGUGCUGCCAAAACGCGGCCAGCCACCGCUCCUGCCAGUGGCUCAGCCGCAGCCACCGCCAAACGCCCCACACCCACCUCCACCAGCACUACCACAGACAGAAAAACAACCACACCCAAGACAGCUUCCAUAAGCGCUGCUGGGCCUAAACGACCCCCAGCCAGUUCCAUUAGUCGUCCGUCAUCCCAACCCUCCACCACCACAGGCACUCGAGACGUUAAACCGAAGUCCACCACAGAGAAGCGCCCCUUGGUGCCGAAGGCCGGCAGUGGCACCACGAGUCACCCUGCCUCCGGCCCCGCUACCAAAAACGGAACGGGGAGCACUGCAGCCAGCAGAACCGCUUCAUCGGUGCGCACAGCCGCGUCCACUCGCACAACUACUACUACUGCAGCCAAAAAGCCUCUGGCCUCUAAAGCUGACAGCAGCAAACCAGGAGAAGAGAAGAAGCCCACCACUGUUAGGACUUCAACAGCUGACUCUACCAAGCCCAAGACCACUUCCACCACCUCAAGGAGCACGAUUUCCACCACUGCUGCGUCUCGCAUUCGAACAACAGCGACCAAACCGGCUACGCUGUCCUCCGCCACGGCCACAGCAGCAGAGAAGAAGCCCCUGGUGCCCCGCACCCAGCGACCCACUGCAUCCACGACAGCGAGCGCCACCACGAGGCCCACGGCUCGGCCCGGCACAGCGCCAGACCCCGACAUCCGUAACGUCCGCUCAAAGAUCGGCUCCACUGAUAACAUAAAGCACCAGCCUGGUGGCGGGAAGGUGGCCUCUGUUUCUCUGAAAAGGGGCGUCACCGCCAAAGAAAGCAGCCAGGGCAAAGUUCAAAUAGUCUCCAAAAAGCUGGACUUCAGCCACGUCACCUCACGCUUGGGCUCCAAGGACAAUAUGAAGCAUGUUCCUGGUGGAGGGAAUGUGCAGAUACUCAACAAGAAGGUGGACGUAAGUAAGGUGACUUCAAAAUGCGGAUCCAAGGACAACAUCAAGCACAAGCCUGGUGGAGGCGUCAUGAAGCUCGAGUCCCACAAAGUGAACAUUAGGGAAAAGGCUCAGCCCAAAGUGGGGUCAGUGGACAAUGUGAGCCAUUCACCUGGAGGAGGGAACGUCAAGGCUGAGGGACCGGAGGAGACAGAGGGAAAUGCAACUCCCAUGACUAGCAGCCUGGCUCCGGCCCUGGACCCCAAGAUGGGGCCGACAGGGACCCCCAAUGCCCAGGAGAAUGGGCUGAAGGACGGGGCUCCCAGUGAUGGUGAGGGUGUCCGAGAGCCCCAGGCUCUGGACUCUCUAAUGCCAGAGACAAAUUGAGUCUAUCAAGCUCAACUUCCGCGAGAAUGCUCGCUCUCGCACGGACCACAGCGCUGACAUCACCAUCUGGCCAGCCCCCCCAGGACUACGGCAACAGUUCCCGCCCACAUGGUUCCUCGUUCUCCCCGCAUGGUCAACCAAAGCCACCACCCAGAUUCUUGCCUAUCGAGUCUCAACUCCCCCUUUCCCCCCUCCUUACUGCACCUACAGGUGGAGGUCCGGGGGGACAGCAGCAGCGUCUCCGUGAAGGGAUCCCAACUUUUUCAACCCCAUUUAAUCUCAUGUCCAUUAUUGGAAAAUUAGAAUCAUCGUGCAGUAGUGCUUCUUUCACAUCGUCAUGCGUCAUUGCCUUCAUCAUCACCGCCACUUUCAUGUAUUUACCUGAAGUAACUUUAGACUCUGACUGGUCCUGACCGGUACUUUAUGUGAAGGAAAAUUCCAGGACGGCAAUGAUCUCUCUGAGUCUGGCAUCUUGGAAUCGCUGGCUUUCACGUGGAAACCCGGUGGUGGGACCUUCUAGAAAAACCACCAUCAUUCCCCCCUGCACUCCCACCAGGGGGCAGCAGCAGUCUCUUCAGUAGUGACCAGAACAAUUCGGCUCUCCUAUUGGAUUCCCAUUUUUUUCCUUGUGAUUUAAGGAGCCGUUUUUUCCCCUCUGUAGCCACAUAUGCUCUACUUCUGUAACGUUGUAGUAAUUCAGUAUCCAUUUCAUCAUGGCUUCCUCUUUCUUGAUCAUCAUGCAACCAUAUGCAAGCGGACUUAACAAAAAAGAAGGCUUUGAAUCAUUUUAGCCAAUUUAACUCUUUAUUCUCUGUGUUUGUGAUGAGGUGUUUGAUUGAAAAGAUUAUAUAUAGAAAUGAGCAUCUGUGUUCUGUUUGGAUCCUCUUUAUUUCCUUCUUUCCAUCAAGUUCCUUGACAAUAGAACUAGGUUGUAUUUAUUAUAUCAAUGCUAUUCAUAGAAAAGCAAUACCACAUGUGUUUUAUUUCCUUUUCAUCAAGUAGUGCUCAGAAAAUCUAUGAAACACGCACAUGUUCUUGCAAACUAAGACACACAGUGUGAAGGAGAUGAAGAAUGUCGUAGAACGUUGAGGAAAAGGUUGAUAGAUGAAAUACAAAAGGAAUUUCAGAGUCGAGGUUAAAUAUCAGAUACGUGGUCAGUGUUGUGACUGAAGAGGUUUUAAAUAAUAUAAUAUAGAACGUUUGCUGAAGCCAAGAAGCUUUCACUGAGUCCAGAGGGAGAUGAGGGCGAUGCAGUUCAGAUUGCUUCUGAAACAAAAGGAACCAAGUGUCUCAUAUGUGCCUCCUGUUUGUCUUACCUUAACAAAAAAAGAACCCCAGUAGAUAAGAGUGAUGCAGUUUCACGCCUAAAACAGCUUAGAGAGAGAGAGAAUAUGGUGGCAGAUGAAGAGUUGUUCUGUUCUGAGCAGUCUGGUUCUGGUGUUGCCCUGGUUGACUGUUCUAUUUUUAGGUUUUUCUGUGCAGGUCAGGUUAGUGUGGUUUUGGGAAUUCGCUCAAGAUUCAGUUAAAUUUAGAAAUCAUCUACAGUACUCUGUGUUCAGUUCUCUUCUUGUUGGUGUACUGCCAUUGGGAUAUGGUCUUACUUUAUUCUCUUCUCUUGUAGCAACCUGUUGCCUCCUGAUGCCUUUCUGAUGCAUGGCUAGAAAGUAGAAACUCAACCCCAAACUCAAAGCUCAUGGGUUUUACUCCAGGUGUUGUGUUUGUGCUUGCAUAAUUUUAAAAAUAGAAAUUAACAGGAAGUUCUUGUGAUGGUUUGGUUUUGAGAUUUAAUUAUGCUGCUCCAACAUUGUACAUACUGAUUACGCAACUUAACUAUUGUUGAAAAUCUUUUAGCCGAAUGAUAUUUUGGUAGGUUAUCAGUGGUCAUUUGAUUUGUAAAAUAUGUUUAUCAAUACUUUUAAUAUUUUGCUUUGAUAUAUCCAGGAUAUUAUAGGAAAUAUAUAUUAUUCUGUGUAGCUAAUACAUACAUAUCACAAUAUGUAAUUAUUACAUGGAGCUUGUUAGCAAACAAUGCUACAUUAGCAAUUUUUUCAACAUGUUAAGCAAACAAUUUUAAGCUUACCAUUUUACUUAUAGCCAGCUUUUCAAAAACUAUUUGUCUUCUAAUAUUUCCGUAUUUUACAGGCUUUACCAUGGUAACCUGCUAGCUAACAGCUUCACCUGCCAGCUAGCGACACUUAGCUAAUCUAAUUUGAGCAUGAGUUGACAUUUUUUUGCUAGUACACUCUAAAAAAUGUCAUUGUCAAAAUAAUUUGGUUCUAAAUGUGGUUACUAAUUCAUGAACUAGAAACCAAACUAGCACUGAGUUCAUGAAAUAGCACCAAAAUGCAACAUUUUAAAAUGUUGAACCAGCUACUGAAUAUUUUUUCUGUUCAAGUAAAAGUGCUUUAUUAUUAUAAUAAAACUAUGUUACUGAUUGUUUUGGAUUAAAUUUAGAAUGUAAAUUGUCUAUGUAAUAGACUAAAGUGACAUUUUGUUGAAUAUCAUACCUGGAGUCGGUUAAGGGCUCUGCAUGGUCACACCGAACUGUCGAAAUCAAUUCUCAGUGUUGCCGCUGCCGCAUGACAGAAAUCUAGUCAUUUUGUUCUCAGCUUUAUGUCAUCAGUCUCUUUUUGUCACAACCCCCUUGGCAAACUUUUCACUCCUCUCUUCGAGGAAAACUAUCAUGUGAUUAGUCUUAACUUCGUAGUUGUGUUUACACGGAAAACAACGCUACUCAGCGGUUCGACCAUUAAGGGCCCUUAACACUCUUGUUUCUUGCUCCUUUUCAUAAGCCCAAAACUAGUCAGCCAUUUUUAGAUCAGAGCAAAUUUACCAUCACAAUACUGUUUCAGUCUCAGAGAUGCCACUGUAGUUUAUGAAAACUCUGAGAAAGCCAGAAAAUGCUUGAACCUCUUGCAAAAGCAAAUCCUCGCUUGAAAAAUAUUUUACAUGUUACUGACUGCGUAUAAUCUCACUUAAAAAUAACAGAUCAAGUUCAUUUUACUAAGUAGUGUAAAACUAAAGGCAGGUACUCACUGGUACUUAAAUUCUAGUUUUAUUCUUCUUUUUCACAUAGAUGUGGGCUCUGGAUAUCUAAUAUUCAGAAAAAUUCAAUUGUCACUGCAAUUAUUAAAUUGCAGUGAUAAUUGAAUUUGAGUUUAUUAAAACUCAAAUUUAUUAAAGACAAAUUUAGUUACACCUGCGUAAUCCUUUAAAAGAGAAUAUGUUGUUCAAAAUAUUUGACAAACCCGCCCUUAUCUCUAAACCUGGUAAAAAGUGCAUCUCUUUAAUCUCUGUGCGACUUCACAUGCUUAUUUUGGAUUAGCUUUUCAGAUCCUGAAGUCAAGAUAACAUCAUUCUGUUGUCACAAAGCUUUAAUGAUCCAUCACAAGAGGUAUUGUCAAGAAUUCAAAGUCACACUUCAGAAUCUUUAUGUAAAGGAAUUUUUUUUUAUCAAGUUGAUAUGUUGCUGUUGCUUUGAUGAAACUAAACUGCACCUUAAUGCUUUUAAUCAUAUAUCAAAGAGGAUUAAUUGUGAUGUAGUGGUAAUUCCACAUUUUAUGAAUAGUAACUCGAACAUGAAUGAGCUUUCGCUUGGUAACAGUAACCUGUUUGUCAGUUUUACCUGAUUUCUUCAUAUCGUUCCCAUUAUAGUUCCUGUAAGUCUAGUAAUAAAUUGUACACAUUCUGACACACAUAAGCAAUAGCUUGUAAUUUCAUACGGAAAAAGUUGUUGUUGCUAAAGGCGUAGCUUUGAUCUCACGGCUAUUUUCUAUCUGAGCUCUUCCACGUGCCUGUCCGUAACUAAAACCCAGCUUUGCUUCUAGCCACAAGUUUCUAUUCGCCUCUACUUCUGAGAUUGUUCAUAGAUGCACUGUUAUUCGCCCUGAAAACUACGAACAAACAACGUACAGCUGCAGUUAUCGGUCCGUAGGCGGGAACCUUGCUUUAAUUUCCAUGUAGCUUUGCUGGUUUUUAUGGGAGGAAGCGUUUUUAUCAUGACUGUUAUGGCUGUUAUUCUGAAUACUUGUGACAACAUGGUAAGCUUUGGCCUGUGUUUUGUUUUGUUUUAUUUUUCGAAAGGGGCCACUGAAGUGAAAGAAUGUCUGUCGAGAUAAAUUGUGCUAAAGACGCAACACUUUUGUACAUGUAUUUAUCGUUGUGUUCCUGUAGCCUCGUGGCGGUUUCGCUCUCAUGGUUGAAGGGGCUCGAGGUGUGAGGUUUUUUGUUGUUGUUUUUUUUUUGCUGCAGUUUUACAGUUAGCAUUGGAGAAGAUACCUGUCAACACAAAUCUGUAUUUGAUUUCAUUUGAAGUGCUGUAACGGCUUUAUACAUAAAUACUGAAGUGGUAUUAUAGAACCUAAUUAAUUACAAUAUUUUUAACAUAUUUUCUUGUACUUGUGUGUGCUGCCACAAGAAGCCCAGUCUUAAGAGAUGAAAAUACUGGAGAGAAUAACUCGAAAAGUAAGAAUGCAGCGACCCUGCUGGUUUAAGGAUAAAGUUAAAUGGAACUGGAAUUAAAAAUUGAUGUACAUGAGGCUGACAAGUUAAGGGAGACGAUACUGGCUAAGAAUGGCACUUACAGAACAGCAGCCUGUCUGAGAGAGAGAGCCUAACACACAGUUAGAGCUAGACAACUCACUGUAGCACCUGAAACCUUUCCGAGGAGCGUCGUGGAGCUUCAAAUAAACAUUUAACACUAGCUAAUGAAUAACUGCUAUACCUGCAGAGCAUGCUGAAAACCAACAAUGGCUUGUGUUAGGUAGACUUUCUCUCAUUUACAGAACUUCCUCGAUUUUUUUUUUGUUUGUUUGUUUUUUGUGUGGGAUUAUGUUUUUCUCAAUAUUUUGAGUUUUAGUUUUGGUUUUGAAAAAAAAAAGUGUUUAUUGUGAUUACUUGUUAAUUAGUGAUGUGAUUAUUAAGCAUAAAAUAAAUUGGACUAAAUUUCA